GCGUUUUAGUCUCAGCGAUUGGUCUUAUGGGAAUGGGACAGUGAAACCACAAAGAGGAUGUGGGAACUUCCCCAAUCCACUGACUCUGGCUCUCUGUCUCUGCAACGCGCUGUUCUCCAUAGGAAUGUGACAAUAGAGGGAAUGAAAGCUCUCAUUCUGCAUGUAUGGUAUGUUUAUUUCCUCUUUGUCACUCCGGGUGACAGUGGUUAUUGAAUGCAUGCUGCUGACAUGCGGGGAAGAAAAUCAAAUCAAAUCAUUUCCGACUGCUUGAACAGAAACAGGAGGACGACUCUGUUUCAGUUCCUGUGGUGUGUUUUUGUUUGUUGUUUCACGCUGUAUCCCAGGUCACAUCACCGCUGAUAGACUCAGACCGGUGUUCAUAAGAAGCAGACCAGCCUCGGCACUGUUAGAGCCGGGGAGGGAAGCACAUGAAGAGGGAUGUAAACGUGAAGAGAAAAAAGGAAGGCGCGUGAAGAAGAAGUCACCUCCCCGCUGUAGAGGCUGAAUCUUUCCUCUCAGCGGCAGCACAGCAGCAGGGACUUUCCUCUGGAGAAGAGUAGAUGUGGUGAAGGAGGAGGCGUCACAGUGACUGAAGGAGGAGCCUGGACAACAGAGAGUCAGACAGAGGGAGGAGCACAAACAGGCUUGGCAGCUGUGUGUUUUUUUUUUUUUCUUCAGCAGUGAAACAGCAGCGGGAAGGGAGUGACUGCCGGCUGCACAGACACUCAGCUUUCUGUUGUCGUCUUUCUCCUGAGUUCAUUUUUCUCGCACAGAGCGUCCUCACUCACACCAUGGAUAACUUCCAGACCAUCCUGCGUUUCUUCAUGAACCAGAAAGCCACCAUUGGCUACAGCUUCAUGGCUCUGCUGACUAUAGGCGGGGAGCGAAUCUUCUCCAUGGUCUCCUUUCAGUGUCCCUGCAACCACGACCAGAACUUCCCCUACGGGCUGACCUUCCUGCUGGGCCCGGCUGCGGUGCUGUUGGUCUUGGGUCUGUUCUUCAGCACCAGGAUGUGGAGGCUCUACACAGGCUGCUGCCUCGACCCCAUGAAGCUCUGCCCCCGUGGGAACUGCUUCGGCUGCCUCAGGGUGUUCACGAGCAUCUUCUCUGGGGCCUGCGUGGCCCCUAUAAUGUGGCUCUCUGUGGCCCUGCUCAACGGGACCUUCUAUGAGUGUGCCGUCAGCGGCCUGGAUGAUAACGUGGUGGUGGAUCUGUUCUGUAAAAACAAGACCUUGAGGUGUCGGGAGGAGCUGGCCCGGGUUCCCUGCGACCGAUCCAAGCUGUCCAGUGAGGAGCGCAUGGAGCUGCUGCUGAUGCUCAGGGCCCAGUCACAGAUCCUGGGCUGGUGCAUCAUCAUCCUCUCCGCCAUCGUUGGCCUCCUGGGAACCUGCUACCAGAACUGCCGCUCCAAAGUCAGCUACCUGCAGCUCACCUUCUGGAAACGCUACGUGGAGAAGGAGAAGGAGAGCUUCGACACCUUCGCUGUGGACUACGCCACCAAGCUGGCCGAGAGAAACCUGAGGAGCUUCUUCGAGAACAAGGACCCCGCCCCGUUUCCUUUCCCCAACCACAUGGCAUGGGAGGAGAUCUCUGCGUACUACACCUUCUCCAGGAGCGAGCAGUACUACAGCACCCUGCAGCGCUACGUGGAGAAGACGGACAGGGACUUCACGCCAGAGAAGAGGCCGGUCCUGGAGUUUGAGGAUGGAAUAGAGAUGAGCUAGUGGAGGAGAGUGCGGUCUGCUCGCCAUUUUAUUGGUAAAUGCAGAAACUGGAUUGGAGAGAGCGGGCGAUCCUCAUCACUGUUAGUAAGGGCUAAUGUAUGUGCAUGUUUGACUGAGGAGAAGCCCAGGCUGCCUCCUCUCUGACAAAGCUAACCUCAGUAUGUUAACUGCAAUGGUACGACCCUUUAAGCACAUGAGACAAUAAAGGACAUAACCACUGUUUUAUA